CUUCCAGAGUCCAGCUGACGCCAUCUCCUUCGAGAGGGGGCUACAAAGUGUCCUUGAGAAACUGGACAGAGGAUCUGACUCGCCAUCCUCCUUGACACCUGAAGAGGGCGACACUGAGGAUGACGGUCAAGCAUCUGUCUCAGUCUCAUACAGGGAGUGAGUCGUCAUCCAACAGCAGAAAAGAGAUGCUGCCCAAACCCAUUACCAUUGUGACCAGUGAGUCGUCCUCCACCUGUUUUGUGCACUCCACAGAGGAGUUUGCGUAUGGGACAGGGCACGCCGGCACGAUGCAGACCCCUGCCCAGAUCCACACCCGACCUGCCCAGCACCAGCUCACCCAAGUUACCGCCAUUUUGAACCCUCCGGCGCCCCCUCCGCCUCCUCCAGCUCCCCCGACCCCCCCCAUAGUGCCCCCUGCCUCCUCCCCCCUCUCUCCACUCUCGCCCACCAUCUCCCUGCUGGAGGAAGGGGACCUCCGCAGCCUCGACCCCUGCAAGGACCUGUGGGGUACGCGCGGCUACGAGGACUACCGCCGCGCUGGUGCUACACGGACCAAAGUGGGCGGGCUGACGGGGGGCGUGGUGGUGGGCGGCGGCCAGGACAAGUCGGAGCUCUGCGUGGUGCGCUUCGAGAAGGAACUGGCCGGCGUGGGCACCACGGGCUGCGAGGUCACCGUCAUGCUGGACACCAAAGGCUCUCAGUGCAACUCUUCGCCCACUUGCGUGCCCAAUGCUGUGCCGGGAGUGCCGUCGGCCAGCGGCUCCCCGCAGGAGACGGGCAAAGGCUCACCUUCACCCUGCUGCAUCCACACCUCACUCGCCACGCCCCGCUCUCGGACUCGCAAGCGAGGGGCCAGCGGAGGGGACGCCAUCUCGCCUGACGAUGACAGCUCCUGUCCGCAGGGCUCCUCCUCCUGCUCGUCGCGCUGCGUUUACUGCCGCUCUGUCUUCAGCGCCUCCGAGAAUGGACGGGGCCGCUGUCGGGACGCUCCCGACCCGGCGCUACACUGCUUGCGCCAGUGGACGUGUGUGUGGUGCGCGGAGAGCCUGCUCUACCACUGCAUGUCGGACUCCGAGGGCGAGUUCUGGGAGCCGUGCUCGUGCGAGGACUCGUUGGGCGGCCGGCCACACGUGCUGUGCUGCGCCCGCUGGAUGGCGCUGUUGGUGCUGUCUCUUUUCGUGCCCUGCAUGUGCUGCUACCUGCCCCUGCGCAUAUGCCUGCGCUGUGGGGAGAGAUGUGGCUGCUGCGGAGGAAAGCACAAGGCCUGACAGGGGGGAGGGCGUGUGGGCGGAGCUUAUUGUGACGGGACGGGAGCACAAAGAUGAGGAACAGCCGUAGAGCCAGAUCUCCUACAUAAACCUUCACGAUAAUAUCCCCUCGCCCCCUCCGAAGCCGUCUGCUGCAUUCCGCUCUUUCUAUUCUCUGCUCGGACCCUUCACGCUCGUACCGGCGGUGGGUGCAUGGGUUCGGGGAGAUCUCUCUGAUUUGCUGGUCGUUGGGGUCAGGGGUCGUCUCCGGGAGGUGGGGAGUGAAUGGGGAUCAGUGAUGUGUAAACAAUUGUUUUGUUUUUUUCUCUUGGGUUUUAUUUUUUAUUUAAUUUAGGGAGAAUAUAUGAGAUGAAAAAUGUUUAUAGCUAUGGUUAUGGGACCUUUUUUUUAGUAUCUAAUUUUACUUGAACUACUGAAAGAUAUUUUUUGCAAUCGAGUUAACGAAUACACUCCCCUUGUACCUCUAAGUUACUGAGUUUUACCUCAAAGUCCAGAGGAGAGGAAGGCAGAUAGACUUAUUUCGGGGACUGUGUGCUGUGGUGAGGUUUUGUAUAUGGUCUUUGCAGUAGGUUUUUCACGCACGUUCGGCCAGAACAUAUCUGUGAAGGAGAACAUGUUGAUGUCGUAUCACUUUUAAUUGUUUGAGAACAGGGAACGUGAACGGUCUGAUUGAGGGCAGUUUCACCAAAACCACCACUUUCACCACAUACAUGCUCAUUCUUCUGUCAAGAGAGUAUAGUUGUAUUGAACUUGCCAGCAACCAAGAAUGUUGCCUAUAUUUGAAGUAUAGACCAAAAACGUGGAGAGAUAAUCUAGACAUGAAUCUGCCGAACAUUUGCGCAACAAAUGUGAACCGAGGCCUUGAAAUGUAGUUGUACACACCACCAAAAAUACAGUGCAAUUAGUUAUUAGUAAGAAGUAAAGAAUAAAAGAGCAAAGGCUUGUUGUGUGUGACACAACAUUUUAACUUUAUCUGUCCGUAUGGCAACAAGAGAAGUACUCAAUCAUUUACUAUAACGAAUUACAACGCACCUCGCGUCCAACGAAGUGACAGGACAUUUUGUCUGGGUAGCUCCGCCCACAGUGAAAUCCCAUUGGUCCAAAAACAUCAGCUACGUUCUGACUGGCUGUGACUGUGUUACAGUAUAUCAUUUUGUUUUCACUGUGGACAGGCAAAUGACGUGACGCCGAAAACUUCGUUGUCUGGCUAAAGGACGCAAGAAUUUAGACCAAUCAGUUCAAACACUGCCUGGCAUAACGGUUUGGACCUCAAAGUGUUAAGAAACAUUGCUUUAAAUAUCUCGAAGCUGCUAUUUCAGCUCCCCUAAACUUGUCUUACCACAGCCCUGUAGUCAAUGUUUGAGUUAGGAAGACAACGCCUCUUAAUUACGAUAUCUAUGAUGGGGAAGAACUAACGUCCAAACUUCAAGAGAUUUCUCCAUCAAUGUUGUAUUAACUGCUCAUUAGAGUCACUUUAAAAGAAAAGGGUUUUACAGCAAGAUGAACCACUGGACCAUUCAAUCUACACACAUGCAUUGUAUUUCAUUGUCCAUCUGGACUCAUUUCAGUCCAUUUUCGAAGACGUGAAACAUUCUCUCGCACUCACACACACACACACACACACACACACACACUCUUUAUGGGCAGAAUAUUAGACAUGAGUAGGGAAACACAAAAAAACACAAAAAUAGCACUGGAAAA